AUGACUCGUAGGUCUCGCAGGGUGGCCUAUGUAGCUAAGGCUUGUGUGUCCUGUGCUCGAUCCAAACAACGUUGUGACGGUCAUUCACCAUGCGGAAGGUGUUCUCUCAAGAACCUCGACUGCGUGUAUCGCCAUUUGCUGCAGAAGGGACAGAACUCAACCCGUGGGGCCAGCCCCCAGUCCCCUUCCGCUAGCAGAGAGAGCUAUUCACAAAACACUUUACCCGUGGUCCAGAGCCAGACCCGCCCUUUAGCACUUGACUCAGCACCGAGUGUUUACAGUCCCGCGUCUGAAGCGAUCGGUGAGCCUCCUUCUUUAUCAACAGACGUCGGCAACAAUUUUGUAGAGAUGAGUAUGGAUUCAGGGCAGGAAACCUUUCCUGAUGGAGUCUCCGUCAACAAUCUUACAUUUAAGAUUGGAGAAUCGGACUUGCAAGGCUGGGCGUCGCUGGGUGUCGAUAUUCCCUGGAACAGUUCCAUGCACUCCAUGCUCGAUAACCCCUUAUUCGAACUACCUGACCCCAUGGCAUUCUUUUUCCAGAGUCCAAGCGAACUACUCGGCCAAUCAGACGUCCAGGCAAUACCGUGCCCUAUGGACAGUGAGCCCAUGGUCCAUCAACUCGAAUGCGAAACCCCGACCCCUAACUUUACUCAUUCCUUGGACAUUUCAAGUUAUCAAGGCCAAAGCAACCAGACAUCGCCCGAAACCACAUCGCAUUCCUCUGUUAGGGAUGAUGCCGAGCUUGAGUCAUGGAGGGCAGAAGACUACGGGCAUGUGCCCGAUAUUAAUGACGAAGCUUAUCAAGUCAUGGUUUUCACCUUUGAACAACUCAAUAGCGACAAUGUAUAUUGCAUUCCAUUCACAGACAAACAUUUGCCAUCUCUACAGCAUAUGCAGAUCUAUAUGCAAGUUUACUUUGAAGAGUAUCACCCUAUUUUCCCUCUACUCCAUAAGGCGACAUUCUCACCUAACAAAGACGACUGGCUAUUGAGCCUUGCCGUUUCAUCGAUUGGGUGCCUGUUUUCAAAAACCUUGCGGUCAAAAGAAGUCUUUCCAAUUAUGCAGGAAUUUCUACGCCGAGCUAUUCGUAUCCAGACCUCAACACCCAGUAUCAGUGUUGCUCAGGCUUCUGUCCUGAACCAGAUUGGCAUGAUGUACGGUGGGGACCUAAGAUUUGCAGAAUGUGCUCAUGAGACAAUGGCGCAACUUACAACCCAAUGCCGAAAGAUUGCUUCAUCCUCACACAACUUAGCAAAUUCAUCAAUCGCUGAAAAUACAGUAUCUCAAGGCUGGCAAGCAUGGGUCAGGGCCCAAUUAGAAAUUCGUUUGUUUUAUUGCGCUUGGCUUGUAGAUAGCCAGCAAGUUGGCUUCUUCGCCUUUUCAUCCACGAUUCCAAUCGACUUUCUUCAGUUUCCCAUGCCGAUCAAUGAAUAUGUCUGGGGCAUGUCUACUGCCGAGACGUGGCAGAAUAGUCUCGCAGAAGAUUCAUCUUCUCAACAAUUGACUUCACUCCGUCAGGUACUCAUGGGACUUUACCGUUAUCGUGAGGUCCCUGGCCAGCUUGAUGCAUUUAACUCGCUUCUUCUGGUAAUGGGUAUUCUAAAUGACCUCUCUGGGCUUCGCCAUGCUCAUUUAUAUCUGGAAAUAUUGCAGCGACGUGUCGAGACCCUUCCACCAACAGCUCUUACUCGAGCUGUCAUGACUAACAUCCACAUGGUUUCACUCUUGAUAUACUUCCCGACAAGAGAGGUUAUCGCUUUUGGACGUUGGCGGGUCACCGAAGCCCAGCAUUCAAUAGUUACUGAGAAACUGAAAAGAUGGAUGUCUGAUACCCGCAGUGCACGAGCGGCUCUGGUACAUGCAUGCAGCAUUUGGUCCCAGGUUCGCUUAAGCCGCACCAAUUCUCAUCAUGAGCCGCCAGCCUUGCUAUAUAGCGCUAUCUCUAUCUGGGCUUUGGUCGAGCAUAGUGAAGAAGUUGUUGAGAAUGCAGAUGAACUUCCAAUUCUUCGGCUGGAUAGCCUGAAUCAGGACGUCAAGCUCUGGGCUGCUGGGAACGAGAAGAAGCGCUUAUACUUGAGUGGAGUUGGGCUUCUGGCGCAUCGAGGUGCCUUGGCUCGGUUGAUAAGUGAGACUGCGAGAUUGCUAGAGCAAAGGAUUGCCUGGCCUCAAGCUUGGAGAACAGGGCCGCAUUUAAAGCAGUCUUAUGCCGAAUCACGGAGGGUACAGUAG